ACGGGAACCAAAACCUCGACUCUCUUGUUUCCGCCUGAUUUCUAAGAGGGCACCUUUCGCGCGUUCCGGAACCUAAUGACCGCUACACUGCGGAAACCACCCUGAGGCACCGAGGCGUCUUCCGCAAGGUUCGAGUUGCUUAUGGGUGACUAAAACUGAAAAAAGUGAAACCGUGGAUAAGGGGACUUCCACAAAGUAAGGCAAAGGUCAUCACUUAGUCAUCCAUGAGACCUCAGUGGUUCAUCCAGUGCAGCAUUGAAGAUCUGAUAUUGCUCAUCCCCCAAGCACUCUAAGAGCUAUCAGAAUGUGGAUAUCUGCCUUCCCUACUUUCACUCAGUGUGGAAACCAUGUGGGUACAGAAUCUGAAGUGACCAUACAUCUAUUUCAUAAGAAUGAAAUACCUUCAUCUCUUUCUUUUUUAAUGAUGUUCAGUUCUCAUCCUAUGAUCAUGGAAGUGUGCCAAGAGACUAUCAGCUAAUAGAAGAUGAUCUACAAUAUAUCUCAUAUAUUUAUGAUCUUAGUGUGUUACUAAUGAAAAGAGUGCAAGGAUACACACCCAUAAUUGUGAGACAAGUGAAAGUACAGAGAACAGAAAUACCAAGACAGUUAUUUGGGAACGGAGAAGACAGUUAUUUGUGAAGCAACCAGAGUUCAAAGGGCAGAGCAGAUAGAGAUUGGAAGAGCUGGCAAGAUGGCAGCUGUGUGAUUCUGGAUGCACCAAGAGGGCAAUGUUGAGAAAGAUUAAUUAUACAAAGACUUCACUAGGUAAACUGCACAUAUGAAAGGAAUUAGAAAGAACAGAGAUCCUUCAGGCCAUGGAGCAAAUUUGACUGUGAAUGAGGAAGAAAGGGAGAGAAGAUUGAGUGGAAACAUCUAAAACUUCUGGCCAUGGAAGAACCAUUUGGAAUCACUGGGGCAAAAUCAGCCAACAGAGUCUCAAGUGUCCCUGGAACAAGUCUACCUAAGCCUCUUCAUUGCACUUAGGUAUUGGCAGUAAGCAGCUCUUGGGCCUCAGAGGUGAUUUUAAAGCAUAGAGCCUGGGGUCACAUCACUUAAGUUCCAUAUAGUAGUAGAAAGAUCUAUAAGAUAAAUUAACCCAGCUCUCACAUUUGCUUAACCAAGAAUAGAUGGAAGAAUUCAUCAGAAUGCAAGCUAUUGGCAUGUACAGGGAUCAGAAAAAAGAGCAAAUGUAGAAAUGAGCUCUAAGGGGCAGUAAAGAAUAAGCGGAUUCAGUUGCCACAGGUCUUAUUUUUAUGCCUUGGACUAGAAGAGUUCAGUUUCAUGCUGAUCUCCUGAGGGAAGGCAUCUUGUGGACAGCAUCUCAUUUAAAAAUAAUAACUAUUCUUUAUCUGAUAAAUAUGGCAGGCUUCCUGCUUAAGCUUGCAUGGUAGGUGAGCAUACUGGCAGUGGCUGAGACAGAAGGGAUGGCUCAGAUUAUGGAAGCCCAUGUGACUAAAACACUAGAGGAAACAGAAGGCAUCAUCAAACACUAAAACCUCUUCUGAAAAUAGAAGGUAAAUAUAUAAACAAAUGGGGUUGCUAAGAACCAUGUCUACCCUAUUUGUAAAGCCACGGGAGAUUGCAUUGAGAAGGAAUACUGAGAAGCGAAGCAAAGACCUCACUGUGCUUUCCUGAGAACACUAGGUUGAGUCCAAAAGAAUUGGAAAAUGCAAAAAAUCUGCUGAACAUCAGCUGAAAUAAUAAUGUGUGUUCUUAAAACCCAAGACAUAAGCACUGUCUCAGUUACUGUGGUAGACUGACAACUGCUGGUCAGUCUGGAACACCCCACUGAACUGAAUUGUGGCGUUGGUGUGGAUGGCCCCCUCAGGAUUGCUGCCAUCAACAUAAAUAGGAGAACUGGAGAGGAGGAAGUGUGAUGUUGCUGGUUCUCCUGUUGUGGUUGGUUUUUCUGGAAGAGCUUGUUGAACUUCUUUCCUGAUAUGAACUUGGCUGUUCUCAUUGCCAGAGGAGCUCAGAACCUUGUUAUCGCUGAGAAUGGCUUCAGUUCACUUGCGGGGAGCUCUGCUCCUCACUCUGAGCAUCACUUCCUGGCUCCAGUGCAGAACCCUUAACCUACUGGCACAGAUCCUUCACCCUAGAGGCACAGACUUUGUAGUUUCCACUGCUAACUUUUGGGCCUUGUCAGCACAUAUCUGUGAAACAGAUUUGCAUGUGGCACUGUCAUGGGCUCUAGGACUCCAGAUGGACUUGUGAGGGGGCAUUGUCGUGGGCUCCAGGUCUUCAGCUGGACUCAUGCAGGAUAUUGCCAUGGGAUCCAGGGCCUUAGCUGGAUAUUUUGGAUCUUCAGUGUGUGGACAGAUUUCCUGAACUUUUUGUGUUUGAUUCCUUGGUUGACUACUAUAAAAUAAUCAAGAUCCCAGAAAUUCAACACAAGAACAGAAUAUUAAAAGCUGUUAGCGAAAAGAAACAUCUAUUAAGGAAAGCCUAUCAGCAUCACCACAGACUUCUCAACAUAUACAGUUAAAUCAAGAAGAGCUUGGAGUGAAUAUUUUGAGUCCUGAAAGGAAACACCUUCCAACCCAGAUUGAUGUAUCAUGCAAAACUAUCUUUCAAAAUUAAUGGAGAAACAAGAUACUUCCAUGACAAAAAACUGAAGGAAUUCAUGACCACCAAACUAAUCCUGUAAAUAAUGCUGAAGGACAUUCUAGAGAGAGAUAAAAAUAGACCAUGUUUCCAGGAACAGGGAAGACAGUAGAAUGGAGGGGAAAAUUAGGCAGUGAAUAGCAGAAAAGUAACAUGGCAGAGACGAACCAGUGCAUAUUGGCCAUAAUUCUCCAAUGAAAACAAACACAGGCAGUGUGGAUCAGGAGACAAGAUCCAUCAAUUUGCUUCACACAAGAAAUGCAUUUGACUUGAAAGGGGUUCAUAAACUGAAAGUCAAAUGGGAGAGAACAAUACUCUCUGGGACAGGGACCUGGAAGAAAUGGAGGUAGCUUGCCCAUCGGCUGCAGACUGCAUAAGAAAGCCAUGGCACUUUUAUACAGUGGAAAGCUACUGAGCUAUAAAGACAGAUAACCUUGAGGCUCUUUGUAAGUAAAUGGAUACAACUUGAGAUCAUGCUCAUGAAUGAAAUGGUUCAGAGUCACAUGGGUGAAUAUCGUGUUGUCUCCCUAGUAUGAAGAACUAGAGGAGUUGGUGGGAUCCAAAAUGCACAGUACAUACUGUGAAAGUGAACAGGGAAGAAGUACCUAAAGAAAGAACUCAGCAGUCAUUCUGAAUCUAUUAUGGUGAUUUGAAACCCAUAUUUUUCUCAUUGUUCUAUUUAGUUUGGUAUUUUUCUGUUUUGGUUUGUCUAAUCUUAUUGUAUUUAAUGAUAUGGACAGCUAUUUCAAAGAUAACAAAAUAUAGUAGCUAUUAUUGAUUUCCUAUUAGCAUGUUUGGAAGCUCAGUAUAGCUUUCAUUGUUUUGUUUUGACUGCUUUUAUUGUAUUUUGUUUUGAUUUUAUCAUGUCUGAUGGUAUAGGCAACUACUUUGAAGAUAAGUUGCAGUGUGGUACCCACUAUGGUUUCCCUAUUAUUUUGUUUUGAAGUCCUGUACUGCUUCCAUUGUUUUUUUUUUUCUUCUUCUGUACUCUUUUGUUGUAUUUUAUUAUGCCUGAUGUUAUGGGCAAUUCUUUUGAUGAUACCAAGAGGCAUUACAAUAACCAUUAUUGAUUUUCUUGUAUUUUGUUUUAAAAUCAUGUACCAUGUUCAUUGCUUUGUUUUGAUUGGCUCCAUUUUGCUUUAUUUCAUUUGGUUUUACUCUCUUCAAUUGAAAAUAAUGUGAAAAAACCAGGAACUGAACCUUAAGAGCAUCUUUCUGCUCCUUUUAUCCUUUAAUGGACUGACCCAGCAAUCACACACCCUUAAUCCCAGCACCUUUUUUCCUAGCAUUGUACCUCCUAUCAAUCAUACACUCUCGACUCAGCCACCUCCAAAAUACUCUAUGACCCCAUGAGGUUUGGCAUGGCAAGGUAUCCAGACACAAACCAUAACUACAUUGUGUAUGCAUGCCAUUAUUGGAUCAAUGAUUUUUAUAUUGUUUGACAUCCUGUAAACUUAAUACUCCCAGUAAUCAUAUGAAGUAAAUUUUAUUAUAGGUUGAGAAAUUUCACCUGUUUAAAUACUUGAGACUCUAACCUGCUUGUAUAAAGCAAAAGCAAAAUAAAUUGUAGAUGAUAAAUAAAAAAAGAAAAAAUACCCCAAAAUUAAGGCAGUAAAAAAUAGGAAACCCAUAACCUACUGUAGACUGAUGUAAAAAAAAUAGGGAAGUAUUGUAGUAGAGUCCUACAUGCUACUUGAGUCUUUGGAGUCAGAUAUUUUUAAGAUGCCAGAAUUUGCUGUUGUUUUAGGAAAACAAUACAGAGCACAGUCUCAGUAUUACAGAAAUUCCUGGAUAAGUACUAGGGCUAUUUCCAGGCAUCCAAUGUAUUGGGAUCUGUAAACAUAGGCCCUGCUGCUUUGCCCUAGCCACUUCUAGCUCAUAAAAGGGGGACCACAUGACUUGAAGUGGUUAUCUGGAAGGACAGACAUUCUCCUUGGACUACAGAUUUUCCUGUUGCCUCCCCUUCUAGUUCUAUGAAAGCUCCUGAGGGUAGAGUCACCUUGUUUCGCCCUACUUUCAAACCGAGCUCUUAAUGCUGGGGUAGAGAGGAUUGCAAGGUCUUCCUAGGAACUCUGUUUCCUUGGAGAGCUAUAAUUAGUCAGGUUGUGCAGGGAGAUAAUGGCACAAUUUCUCAACAUUGCAGUGCAGACAGCUGAGACAAAUCUAGUCACACCUAUACUGAAACUGAGAUCUAAGGCAAAGGUGGAGGACAGGACCACUUCUGGUAUCUGUGUUUGAGCUAGCCAAUUAUAGCCACAUCAUGACCCCAGGAAGUACCUGCACUUCUCUGAACCAAGUGAAAAAGAGUGAUGUCUGAAUCCCAGGCAAUAGAGCUUAAUGCACAGGGAUAUCCACGGAACGUUGGAGAGUGGUGCAGGAGCUGGGGACAUUAAAGAUGGCAUAAAAAGCUAGGCAAUGAAACUUUCAAAAUCUAAGACUUGUAGGAUUUAAAGUCUCAUAGAAACCCUACAGUUGUGUUGUUCCUCUACUAGGAUAAUGUCAAAUGGGAAAGAGAAAUCCUUCUUUAUUUUUCAAGAAAGACAGAGAUGAUAGAAACUAAUUCUGUUUUCUGGGACCAUCACUCCAGAUGCCACACCUCAGUGCCAGUGAUGCAUGGACUGCAAGUAAGGGAAAAGUGUCUUUGCCCUUCUGCCAUUUCUCAAGGCAGGGAUGAGUUGAACGAUGUGCCCCUGGAUAGCUGAGUUCAAGAAUAAACAUAAAACUCCCAUUGAACCCUUGGAAUAGGUCUAGAACAGGUGAAAGAUCAGAAGAGUAAUAGUUGUGAAAUCUUGCUCCAGUUUGGGACAGGGACAGGGACAGAAAGAGUGGAGAAAGCGGGAAAGUUCUUGCUCUCAAAGAUAGGAACUGAGGUGUGAGAGAGGUGAGCACCUUCCCUAUUUCACAUCUGACUGUUCAUACUGUGGAAGGCAGUAAAUAGGGCCUGCAUUUCCAAGGCGGGUACAAUUGAAGCAAAUACUACUUCAAGCUGGAUGAUCUUUGAUGAGAACCUCAAUAUCGCUGGUCCUUAGUGUUCUCUACUGAAAAAUUAAAACACUACCACCUUAGGAGGAGACCACUGUUCCAGUGAUUCAGGGUCAAAAAACAUUUAUGAUGGCCAAAAAUGCAAGCAUAAUAUGUGCUUUAAAAAUUCCUGUUUUCUGUUGGGCGCCAUAACUGUAGGGGAAGUAUUUUGUUGCUUUGCUUCUCUGGGUGAAAUGAGAAAUAGGAAUAGUACCAGGUCAAACCAUUACAUAUGCCUAAAGCGUCAGUUCAGAGAAAAAGGUCAGAGGUUGUCAGGACCUAUAGAUGUUUCUUUGUAUGUCCACAUAAAGUUUGAUUUGCAGAGUUGCCUGACAAUUGAAAUACUAUUCCCAUGAAGGAAAUUAAUGAGAAAGCUGAGCAGAGGAAAAUGAAGGUUUUGUUUGUGUUAUGGAUUAAGAGCUGGUGGUCAACUUAACGCCAGCAGGAUUACAUCAGCAUGGCAUUGGGCAAAGAUGCUCCACUUGAGGAAAGUUGCCAGGAUAAAUAGGUGGAGAAAAAGGGAGGUGUAGAUGGUUGAGGUAUAAGGAGGCAUUGUGGGUUCUCCUAUGAGUUGCUGUCUGAGCUGUUGGUUCUCCUGGAGUAGCCUUGGUCCUCACAUCAAACAUUGCUUCCUGGCUCCGGAGGGGAAGACAUGUGCUGCUUGGUCUCCAGGGUGAGCUCGUCAUGCUGCUUCCUAGCAUGUACCCUACUGUGCUUGUCGUCAGCGGAGCUUGGGGCAUUCGUGUUGCUGAGGACGGCUGUGAUGCCUUUCAGUAUAGCCCUGGUCUUUGUUGUGAGUGUGACUUCUCAGCUCUAGCAUAGAACCCUCAUCCCACUAGCACAGCUCCUUCAUCCUGCUGGCAUAGACGUUCUGGCUUCCACCACUGACCCUUAGGUCCUCACGGCACGGAUCUGUAAAAGAGACUGGUGUGAGUCCUUUUUGUGGGCUCUGGACCUCCAGUUCAACUUGUGGAGGCAUUGUCCUGAGCUCUUCAUUUUUGUCUGGACUCAUGUGGGACAUUGCUCUGGGGUUUAGGCUCUUGACUAAAUAAUCUAUGUCUUUGGUGUUGCGGAUAGAUUUCCUGCAUUUUCCUGUGUUAACUUCCAGUGACCAUUAUAAAAAUAUUAUAAACUCCAUGUCCUAAUCCUAAUUGUUCUCUGUGUACAACCCCUGGCUACAAACAGUUUGAAACUUUUCCCCCUAUUGUCGAGAGUGUCAUGGCCUAUGACCUCUGGAUAAAAAAAAAAAAACUACCUGAGACCCUUGGAACCUUGCCUGGCAGGCACCAAAAAUAAUUAUGAAUAAUUAUGAAAGCUGAAAGGAGCCAAACACUGUGUCCACUUCUAAAACAUAAACAGAAAAACUUCCCAUUUGUCAUAGAAAUACUUAAUUUAUCUUAUUUUUCUAAUUUAUAUAAAUGACCAGUGAUGUCCACAAAUCAAUUUGAGAAGUGUAUCUUUUGAAUUUUGAGGGACCUAUUUUUGUCUACAUUUCAAGGAAAUAAAAAUGAUACCUAUUUCUCAGAAAAAAAUUUAUAUUAUACAAUGAAAUAAUUCCUUCAAACUACUGAGCACUGUGAGGGAACUAAUUAUAUAAAGUAACAUCAUUUAAAGUGGAAAAGAAGCAAUGGUCUCUAUUGAAAAUGUUUAUUACCAAAGGAAAACAAAGGAAAUAAUUAGCACGCUUAGGUAUUUAGAGGGGACUCAUUGCUGAAAAUCUGAGUAAAUCUGUGAAAUUUUUGGUUUCUCAGGACCUUUUUUAGUUUCUCAGGACCUAUUCAGAACAUACUGCUUGUGUUGUCAUUGAAUUUUAUCCUAUUUAAAAUAUUCAUUUUAUUAAGAAAUCAUCUCUAGUUGAUAUACUAUAUAUCGUUAUCUUGUAAUAUAUCAACUAGCACUCUUAAUGGUUUUUUUGAAAUACUGUACAUUUCUACAUUUUUUCUGUUUUGUUUUUUUGAAAUAAAUUCAUUUUAUUUUAAAGAAGGUAAAACAAAACAUUAUAAAACAGAAGAAAGAAGAUCAGAAGAAAUCAAUGUAAGUGACAGGAUUUCAAAGCAAGACAACAGGAGAUCAACAGUGGCUACCAUAAUGCCUUUUAUUUUCUUCUAAAUAAUAGUCUAUAUCAUCACACACAAUGAAUUAGUACAAAACAAAAUAGUAUAAAACUGGUCAGAAUAGGAUAAUGAAAGCAUUAGAGGCAUUCAAAACCAGAUGGAAAAUCAACAAUGGCUACUGUAAUGUUUCUUAUUCUCUUCAAAAUAGCUGUUCAAAUCUUCAUAUUUGUUGAAGUUUUAAAAAUUCAUUUUAAAGUCUCUUUUUUGGCCAUUUUUUUUAAAAGAAAGAACUAACUUUGAGUUGUGGAAAUUAUUUCAAUGAUUUUUAAAUCUUAGUUUAAGGAGUUAUCAGAUGCCUCUAUUUCAUUCUCUGGAGAACCCUAAUUAAUAUUAACCACAUAUAAAUUAAUAUGUCAUCUUAUUGUAAUGAUAUAAAUAUCUUUUUCUUCUUUCUUCAGUCUGAUUUGGAUAACUGCAAAAUCAUUUUAUGUGGGGAGUGGCUGAGCCAGGGCUGAGCUUAAGGUAGGCAAACUCCUUGGAAGUAAAACAAGGCCGGUCCAGUAGGUGUCUGGGCUUGGUGUUCUUCUCUAUUAACCAUAGCACAGAUAGCUCUGAGAACACUUCCAGUGUUCUCAGCAAAACACUGGGACCUUGAACUUUGGGCCUCACUGGGUGCUGCUUCUUUUUUGACUGUGUAUAAAUAAAGACACAGACUGUGCUGGGUUGUCACUGCCUCUCCAUCAGAGAGGUCAGGUCCCUCACAGUCCCAGAGUUCUUUUAGUGUGUGUUUAGAGUUUUUCUUACUCUCCCAACACCCUCACUCAGGACCUGGCUGGUUACACAGGUCAUGACAAUUCUAUCAUUUAGGGACUCUGUAUACUAAGAUAGCAGAUCAAUGGACACCAGGAAUCAGUUUUCUUCCUGUUCGAGGAUUGCUUUUAGGUAGAAUAAUUUAUCGAAGUAAGAGCUCUUAAGGGAGAAUCAUUGUGUAUAGAGAUCAUUUUGUUAGACAUUCCACUUCUGCAGAAACUGACACCUACUAGGCCUACAGGAUUUCAUCUAUUAUUAAACAAAUAAAAUCACUUUUUAAGACUGCAUUGUUAAACAUCAGAAAAUACCGAAACAUUUAGAUCAAAUAGACAGUCAAACAAAGAUGCAUAGACUAACUUAAUGGUCAUGUACUUGAAGCAUCAGGUGGAUCCCUGUUGACUACUCCUCAAUAGAAAUCAUCUCCCAAUGUUCAUUUAAUAGCAUCAAAACCAGAAUUGCACUUUGAUGCCACUGAUGAGAGAAAGUAAUUGACAGUGUAUUAAUGAGGGAUAAAAGAAGGCUUCCACUUAAGUCAGGAGAGCAGCACUUCCUUUAUUAGGACAUCACAGAUGUAUACAAUUUUGUGCUAGCAAGAAUAGAAAGAAAUAGGUUAUUUGAGUUGAAAACUAAGUAGGAACAUAAAGUGAUACCCCUCCUAUGGAAGGCAAAUUUACAGGGUUUAUCACUUAAAUUAAAAAAAGGAACCAUGAUGAUAUGGCAGGAGCACUUCCAGGGCUCCAUUCUAUAAAAAUGCUUGUACAGAUAGCAAAAGAUCUUGUAGGACAACGAUAACUGCAGCAUUACUUGAAAUUAUAAAGUCAUGGAACCAAAUUGAUUUCAACAAAACACAUAAAGGUUAGAUAAUAGUACAACAAAAGAAGAAACACCUUUGUUAAAAAUAAUUCAGAAGAUAAUAAGGAUCCUGACUCUUACUACUAACAGUAGAGAUGGAGGAAUUACUAAAACUAGGCCCAGCCUCUAGGUAUUACUGCUUACAUACUACUAAUGAUACCUUCAUAUCCUAAAGUCGUGCUUAGAUUACACUGCCUUUUCCCAUUCCCUGUUUCAAGGACUUCCUUAUCUCCUCCACUACCUUUUUUCCCUUGGACUUUCAUGGCAGUAAUGGUUGGGGGUUGGGGGGAAACAAGUAACCAAUAGAUCAUGUGAGCUGUUUAAGAAAGAUAUGUUUUUUAGAUCUAAUCUUUGAGGAAGUGACCAAACUCCUUGCCCUCCCUGGGUGGGUUCAAAUCAGCAAUUUUUCCAUUAGCAGCCAAAUGUUCAAACCAAUUGUCCUACAGGGCACUGCUGCCAGCUCCUUAUCAUUCUAAUGGCCAGUAAACUCUCACUAAAUGCUAGCCAGUACCAUCAUCUUUUGCAAGGCAACUGGACAAACUCGAAAUCCUUGAAAAUUUAACCUGAGCAAUUACAGCGACAGUUGAGCUGUUGGUCCCAUUUGAAAUUCCUACAUGGAGUGAUAGGUAAAUAUCUUGACCUUUGUCUCAGAACCCAGACACCCCACAGACACCUGGUCCCAGACCCACAUUUGAGUGAGAAGUGACUAAGGGAAGCUGAAUGCCCAGGAUGCUAGGUUAGGAUGUGCUGAAAUAGUACAUUUUAGAGGCUACACUACUCAGACCUUGUAUAAACAGAAAGAACUCUAAAGAGGCCCAAUCUGCAAUCCCUUGUCUACAAUGAACAACCCAGGACGCUAGCCUCCUGUAAAUCAGACUUGUAGGAAGUCAGACUGUUAUAUGUAAUAAAAAAAGACACAGAUAGAUAGAUUCAGGAAAGUUAGCAACUUCCCUAACAAGCAACUCAAAAUAGCCAGAACUUGAUCAAUAACUGACACCACACCCUUCGUCCUCCUUGCCAUUUAGGAACAACCAGGGAAUGCCAACUGUGCACCUCUAACUAAAGGCAUGGAAUACCCCACGUUGUUUACGAGUAGUGGGGGUUGAGUGCAGAAUUAGCUCAACUAUAGGGUCCUCACUGAACAGCAUUUAACAAGGCACAUCUGAAGCCUCCUGUUUUUCUAUUAGAAAGCUUUCCUGCUUCCAUCUGCAUUACUCUGUCAAAUGCAAGCGCAGGUGCCUACUUCCUCAUCAUCAAGCCCAGAAUAAAUUGUUUUGUUUUUCUGACCUAGCUCCUCUUCCUUUAUUUCCAUGCUUUGCCAACUUUAUUAAGCUACUCCUUUGGAGAAUUUGUAGUGGAAAAUACUGUGGAUGAAAGGGUUUAUUUUUGAAAUUAUUUUGGUAUACACAUAGGAAACACUUUAAAAGGGGGAAGAGAAAAAAGAAAAGAGAACCAUAAAGGCAAAUUUUCACCUCAUGAGCUUCUCCAGCCCAUAAAAAGCCAAGAAGAAAAAUGCCCUUCCAAAGUGAUCAGUCAUCCACAAAGAUGUUGUUAAAUAGGGAUGUGGAUCAAUUUCACAAAGAAGCCCAUGAAUUCCUUGAUAAAUCCUGUUACUGUUACCUUGGCAAUGUUCUGCAAUUCUUUUCUGUCUGAUUUGGUGCAUUUUAAUCAGCCGAAUGGAGUCCUUCACAAGCUGCAGACUUGGUUCAACAAACUGCAAUACCUGAUCCAUGAUUGCCUGUUUGCCACUAUAGGGACAUGUAGCCGAUAAAAGGUUUUGUGAAGAGGAAAUCAAUCUUACAAAGAUUUUAUUCUCCCCAAUCCCACCAUCCCCCCCGCCCCCACAUCCAUUGGGACGGGUCCCAGAGGGCACUGCACCCUCAGGCGCCACGUUCUUUGGAACAGGUCACAGAGGGCACUGCACCCUCAGGCGCCACGUCCUUUGGGACAGGUCAUAGAGGGCACUGCACCCUAAGGCGGAGUGGCAGCUCUGGGCGCUCAGCCAGACUGCGAUCCAGGGCUCUGCGUGGUUCCCCCUGGAGCAGGAGGAAGCAGGGCCGAACUGUAACCGGGAGGAUAAAGGAACAGAAGCCAGGUUGAAUUUAGGACCAGCCAAGGCGAUCCACUCGGAAACGCGCAGACGCACUUGGCUGUGUAUCCUGAGGAUUGAGAAUUGUUUUAUGAAAGAAAAACGCAAAAACUUUAGCCAGCCCGAAAACAAAGCAGGUUUUAUUGCUCUCACCAGCUUGGAGGGAAGAUGUGGCUUUUGACAGCUCUUCUCCUUUGGGUUCCAGUUGGUGGGCAAGUGGCAAACUUCACAAAGGCAGUGAUCAUCUUGCAGCCUCCGUGGGUCAAUGUUUUCCGAGAAGAAAAUGUAACUUUGUGGUGUGAGGGACCCCAGCUGCCUGGGCACAGCUCCAUAGAGUGGUUCCUCAAUGGAACAACCAUUCAGACCUCAACUCCCAGACACAACAUCACUGCAGCAAGUUUCAGUGACAGUGGUGAAUACAUGUGCCAGACAGGGCUCUCAGCACCAAGUGAUCCUGUACAACUGGAAAUCCAUGGAGCUUGGCUGCCGCUUCAGCCUUCCAAGAGAGUCCUCACUGAAGGAAAACCUUUGACCAUGAGGUGUCAUGGAUGGAAGAAUAAGCUGGUAUAUAAUGUGGUCUUCUAUCCAAACAGGAAGCCUAUUAAGUUUUCUGAUCGAGAUUCUGCACUCACUAUUCUGAAAGCCAACAUGAAUCACAGUAGUGUGUAUCACCGCUCAGGCAAGGGACCUGUCCCUUCACCUGUACCCUUCACGUCAACAAGAGUACCUGUGAUGGUGAAAGGCCUCCAGUCACUAAUUUCUGUCUUGCCUUAUAUCAUUUACUACACAACCUUGACCCUACAGUUUUUGCUACAUAUGUAUGUCUGUGUGGGAUUAUGUCAAGAUCUGCCAAGUGAGUUAAACUGGAAUUGGGAAUCAGCUUCAGCUUCUGAUCAUGGAGAGGAAGUAACUUCGGAAAAUCCCAAAGACAUUUAGAAGAAGAGGUGAAAUAUCAGGAACAAGACCCACAGUGAUAAAGGACACAUUGAAGCCCAGCAGGGAGACAAGCAUUUGCUCAGAGGGUGACCAUAGAUUUAGGGACAGUCCCUUCCUCUUCCUCACUGUGGUAGUGCUUAGACAUAAAUAUCUGAAAAUUAAAUGUCACUUUCCAAAGCUUAUAACUGUGGGUUCCAUAGCUUAUAAUCCUUAAGUAAAGCUGACUUCAGUUGAGACAAAUGUGGAAAUUUGGUAAUCAAAGAUAAUUUUAAAUGAGAUCUACUCUAAAUAAAUCUUCAAAAGUUUGAAAGCCAAAAAAAUUUAGAAAUCAAAUCUAAUUCUACUAAUUUGAAAACUACUAUAUUUUGAAGAACAGGAUAAAAAUUGAGUGUAGGGGUCAGGGAUUCAGCUCAGUGGCUCAAGCACUUGUAUGGAAAGUGUGAAGUCAUGAGUUUGAUCCCUGAUACCAAAACAAGGUGAGUGUAUGCAUAACUACAAAGGAUUGAGGCACAAAAUGAGAGUGAAAAAGAAGAGAUAGAGGAAGGCACGCUGACAUGUGCACACACACACACACACACACACACACACACACACACACACACACUGUGAGUGGGCAAGGGGUCAUGGAGACCAGAAGGAUGGGUGGAGGGUGGAGAGAAGGCAAAGAAGAAAAUAAAACUUAUACAUCUGUGACUUUUGAGAAACUUUGAGAAAGAAAGCUCACAUUUGUGUGUUUAAAAUAGUUACUUUCCUGGCUUUUCUAGUUAGAAUAGAGCAUUUCCAAUCGUGUUAUAGACGUGCAAGGGAGAAAAUCAUGAGCAGAAAUGGCCGUGUAGUUCUUGGCUUUUCAUUUGAGGCUUGCUCCAACCCUCUCUAUCCAGAGACCCCAGACAUCAUGUCGGUCCACUCCAGGCUCUGGUCUACAGGAAGGCAGAAUGUGGUUGCUGUUUUCUGUAAUUAACCCAGGUCUCUAAGAAUAGGCUCCAGGGAAUUUCAAGGAGGGAAAAGCACUGAGAUCAUAAAGUCCUGGCCCUUACCUUCAGAGAUUUACUCUACUCUUCUGAUUCCUAGUUGGACGAUAUUUUGGAACAAAACAUUUUCCUACUACUCUA